CGCCAUCUUACAUAUCUGCCGGGAAUUCGAAUCAUUGAGCUCGAAUAUAAGGAGGGAGGGAGUGGGGGGGACGGAGUGCUUCCAUAUAUCAGGCAGACGAUGGAUGCGAGGAAGUGCAACACAACGACUCACUCAUGUUUACAAUGAAGGCAGCAAUCACAAGUCUCCUGCUGGCGGUGGUGGUGGCGCUGAGCGAUGCCAGGAUGGAUGCGCUGCGUCACGUGAGCACCGGCAAGUGUCCGUCCAUCACCAACAAGCAGGACCUUGAAGUUGUCCCAUACUUGGGAACCUGGUAUGAGAUCGAGCGGUUUGAAGCACGGUUCGAAGAGGGCAUGGACUGCGUGCACGUCCAGUACUCUGAUUUGGGUGAGGGCGUGGUGGAGGUGCACAACAUGGCUCGCACUGCAGAGGGAGAGUUCGCAGACAUCGUGGGCACGGCGACUGUGUUGGAGCCCGGCGUGUUGCUGGUCGUGUUUCCUGAUGGCGUCCCUGCAGAGUAUCACGUUCUGGACACAGACUACACUAACUUCUCUGCCGUGUAUAACUGUGAGCAACUUGGAGAGCUCCGCUACGAAUUCGCUUGGAUUCUCGCCCGCCACACCACGCUGGACCAGGACAUCUACGACCAUGCCCGCAAAGUGUUCCAGGACAAUGGUAUCGACGUGAGCCAUUUCCAGUCCACCCACCAAGGCGAGGACUGCCCCUACUCGACUUAGUAUCUCACAGCCAAUCAUAUAACAUUCAGGUCAUAUAAAUUAUUCGCUUUCAGUUUUAUUAUGAAAAGUUUUAUGAAGAGUUUUUUUUUUUCAGUACAAUUGUAAGAUUGAACGAAAUUCUUAAAGCAAUAUAUCACUCUGUCAGGAAGUUUAUCUUCUUUUAAUAGCUUUGAAUGACCAAACAUAACUUUACCUACGUCAGUAGCCAGCACAUGACUGAUGCACAUAAUUAUGGAUGAUUAUUUGGCUUUUUUUUUUUUAUCUGUGUUAGUAGGAUAAUGAUGAUCCUACAAUUUCCAUCUCACGCUGACUUGCUCACCCCCGUGUUGUUGCCCAAAUGACUGAGUCAUGACUGGCAAUGAAGCAUAAAGUUUACAUACAUUAGAUUAAGAAGCAACUGUCAAAUAAAUGUUUCCAUUACAUCUAUAUACAA